AUGGAUACCCUACUGACCGCCGAGUCGGCGGUCAAUUCACCCCGCUAUCGACGCAAGUCGAGCACAUUUGUCGAUGCGAUCCAUGAUCUCCCAGAGAAGAGCGAGAUGGCACCCGCUCAGCUCUACAGUACUGAGUCGGGGCGACUGUUCCAUGCUGGUCGGAUCGCCAUUACCACAGUAGGAUUACCUGCUCGCGGCAAGACCCACAUCUCAGUGGCAUUGGCUCGUUAUCUACGGUGGCUGGGUGUGAAGACUAGAAUCUUUCACCUGGGCGACUAUCGCAGAGCGAUCGUAGGCCCAGGGAAAGAUGUCCCUGACGACUAUUUCUUUGUCAACGCCUCGGCGUCGUCGGUUUUGCUGAGGCAAAAGAUCCUUAAGAAGUGCAGGGAGGAUAUUUACCAUUUCCUCAACCAUGAAAACGGCCAGAUUGCCAUCUACGAUGCAGUCAAUCCUCUGUCUGCUGGACGCAGGUCCCUAGCCAAGGAGUUUGCGAAACACGACAUCAAAUGUCUGUUCAUCGAGUCAAGUUGUGACGACCAGCGGAUCAUCGAAGAGAACGUCCGCAGUGUCAAAAUCUCUUCGCCCGAUUACAUAGGCUGGUCUGAAGCCGACGCGGUCAAACAUUACCUGAACAGAGUAACUGCAAAGAUCCCGCACUUCGAAACCAUGGAAGAGCCAGAUCUCGACUGGAUCAAGAUGAUCAAUGCGGGAGAGAGACUGGUGGUCAACAAUACGAGCUUCGGUUAUCUAUCACACCGGAUUGUGUUCUACCUGUUAAACCUCCACAUCAAAUCUCGGCAUACCUAUUUUGCUCGUGCGGGCACCACUCUGGAAGAGGAGUCUUUCAAGGCAGACGCACGUCUGUCACCACAGGGCAAGGACUAUGCCAAGAAAAUGACCGAGACACUGCUCAAGCAUCGAGAAGAGGAGAGACAGACUCUGAUCGAGAAAGGAGGGAUCAACACACCGUUGAAGCCACUUAUUGUGUGGACUUCUACGAGACGCAGGACCGUGGAAACGGCGGCAUUCCUGGAAGCCAAAGGGUUCAAAGUGAGGCAGCGGUCCCAAAUGAGCCAGCUCAAUCCCGGCGUUUGCGAAAAGAAGUCAGAGCGUAGAAUUCGACAGCAAUACCCGGAAGAGGUGGUAAAGCAUGAUCUGGAUCCCUACCAUCACAGGUUCCCCAGAGCGGAGUCGUACCACGAUGUUGCAGUUCGACUGGAACCUAUCAUUCUUGAGUUGGAAAGGGAGCAGAACGACCUCCUCAUCAUCGCCCAUGAAAGCGUCCUCCGUGUGCUUUAUGGGUAUCUGAUGGCAUGUAACGCUGCGGAUAUACCGUUCCUCUCAUUCCCACGAGACGAGAUAAUUGAGAUCAUUCCCGCCAGUUACAACAAUGAAGCGAAGCGAAUAAAGAUUCCGAACCUCCCUCCUGAGAUCAUUCCCGCCUCACCGGAAGGCAUCAAGAUGCCCGCUCCGCCCAGUGGAUUCGCCACCCCAGUGCCUGGCCUGGGUAGUGGCCUUGCCAGUCCUAGAACCGGAACAAGUACACCGGAGCCGGGCUCUGGUUACAAGACACCAGAAGACUCGGAAAAUCUCUCGGUGAGGAUGCACGAUGUGGUGUGA